UCGUGUGGAAAAAGAGGAGUCAUGUCUGACGCCGGCGGCGGCGAGGAAAACCAGGGAGAAGAAGGGGCGAGCAAAAUCUCGUCCAUGUUGCAGCCGCUACCAACGCCGCUCUUCUAUAGCCGGCGGAGACGUUCCUCGCAGCACGCCAAUUCGCAGCGACAAGAAGAGAUGCUUCGCCCGGGAUCAGAGCACGAUCUCAAAUCGAAAUCGAUCUCCUGCGAACCAACCACGGAGGUGCUUGAUGAAGAGAUGGAUUGGCAGGAAGAGGAAGAGGAAGAGGAGGAGGAAGAGGAGGAGGAAGAAGAGGAAGAAGAAGAAGAAGAGGAGGAGGAGGAAGAAGAAGAGGAGGAGGAUUCCAUGGAGACUGAGAAGAAGGAGUUCGCUGAACACCUUGCCAGAUGGGAAUCCAGUUUUGGCAAGGGAUACGAAGUUUUGACGACUUUCAGUCCAAUGCUCUUUACACACUGCGCACCGGGUUUUGUCCCGUUUGGGGCUGCUCGUGUCGGAAGCCUACAGAUCUAUUCUAUCAAAAUUGCUAAAAUAAAACACCUGAAGUGGCCACUGUAUGUGUACGGCGUGGUUGCGGCGCGAGACUACGUGGAUAACAAACGCAAUAUUCUGUUCUAUCGCACAAGCCAUUGCUACCAGACCCUCACUAAAAAUAAUCCUUAUUUGCACUUGACUGGCCCUUGUCGUGCAAUUAUGUCCAAGGAACCUGUCGAAAUAGAAAUCCAACUGAAAUUAAGGGGACAGCCUGAGAGUAGAGCAUUGAUCAGUAGAGUUUUACGAUAUAACAAUCCUCGCAAUCUUGACCAUUUUUAUUCCUACCCCUCCAACCGCUUGUGCAAAAUGGAGUUAUGCUUCGAACAACUCGAACGGUCAUGCCAGGCCACUGUGGUGGGUGUUCAUGCUAUUGAAGGGUCGCCUUUUAAGUAUGGCGGACAAGUUGUUUGUUCUACAUUACCUUGGGAGGAUCCUUUUCGGAAAGUUGUCCUAUUUGAUUCAAAGAAUGGGACAGGGCAGAAUGGUUUGUGA